GACGUCAGACCCAGAGAACAUGGCGGCUGUGCAGAAGGCGGAAGUAGUGGAUCCGUGCAGGUUUGUUCUGUAAGAGCCGUCCUGGAUGGACCAGUCGCCAUGAGCAACAGGAAGAUGGUUUCCACGGAGACAGAGAAUAAAGGACAGAGGAAGGUGUUUGUGGCCAACCAGCUGCUGGAGUGUCUGCCUCGCGCCACCUGUCUGCCCAACGAGCGUCUGAGGUGGAACACUAACGAGGAGAUCGCCUCCUACCUCAUAUCUUUUGACAGACAUGAUGAGUGGCUCUCCUGCAGCCUGAAGACCAGGCCGAAGAACGGCAGCAUCAUCCUGUACAACAGGAAGAAGGUGAAGUACAGGAAGGACGGAUACUCCUGGAAGAAAAGGAAGGAUGGAAAGACCACAAGAGAGGACCACAUGAAGCUGAAGGUCCAGGGCAUGGAGUGCCUCUACGGCUGCUACGUCCAUUCCUCCAUCGUACCAACAUUCCACAGAAGAAGCUACUGGCUGCUGCAGAACCCGGAUGUAGUCCUGGUCCACUACCUGAACGUGCCGUCUCUGGAGGAUUCUGGGAAAUGCAGUCCUCUGUUGUGCACCGUGUCCGACCGCCAUGACAGCAUGAGGUGGAGCCAAGACGACCUGCUGAGCCAGCUGAAGCCCAUGUUCCACAGCAUGAUGUGUUCACUGGGCUCCGAAGAUUUCAGCAUCGAGGAGCUGGUCCAGCACAUCCUUGACCGGCAGAGAACCAAGCCCCAGCCACGCACACACACCUGCCUCUGUAACACCAGCCAGGUGUCCUCAGGAGUCAACAUUCCCCACCGCUGUAACAGCACCAAACACCGUAUCAUCUCCCCCAAACUGUCCUCCCCUGUCCCCUCUGAGCUGGGGGAGGCAGGUAGGGGGGUGGGAGAGCCCAAACUGCCCCACCUGCAGGCUCAGAUAAGUCCCGCCUCUUCACCCAGCUCUUCCUCCUGCUCAGCCUCCUCGCCCCCCCAGCCUCACCGGGCCACUCUCACCAUGAGUAACCACGGUAACGGUUUCUGUGGCGACCGGCACAGUAACAUGGCUUCAGUGGCGCUGCCUCAGAGCGCUGUCAUCGUCAUGGCAACAGCUGCCACCCUCCCAGGUGGAGGCGGAGCCAUAGCUGAGGAGGCGGGGCAGAGGAGGAGCAGUGGCCCGUUGCUGCUCUCCCCCACCCUCCCUCCCCCUGUGAGGAAAACUGCCUCCCCAUCACAUCCGGCCUCCUCACCCACUCCCCCCUCCCUCCCCCCUCAGCCCGUGCAGGCCACACUCACCCUUCUCCCCUCCCCUGUCAUUGGAGGCCUCCUUCUCACCCCCUCCUCCACCUCCCAACAAUCUCCUCCUCCCUCCUCUUCCUCACUUCCCCCUUUCCUCCCCCCAGCAUUCGACCCUGACUCCUUCUUGAACUCGCCCAAGCAGGGACAGACCUAUGGCGGUCCUCCUCCCACCUCUUCGUCCACCACCUUUAACCCUCCCUCCCCCUUCUCUCACCCCUCCCUCUCUCUUUCCUUCUCCCCCACCAUCUCCACCCCUCCCUCAUCAGUUUCUCCACCCUCCUCUCUCUCCUCCCUCUCCCCCUCUGCCUCUGUCUCUCCUCCUUCCGCCUCCCUCCCCCUCUCCCUUGUCCUCACCCUGUCUCCCACCUCCUCUGUGACCCCAUCCAUCCUCCCCCUCUGCCUGGAGUUGGGAGGUCUGGUGAAGUCGGAGGUGGUGAAGGAGGAGGUGGGGAUUGUUAAAGAGGAGGUGAAGGGCCCGACUGAUGAUGAUUAUGAUGAUGAAGGUAGUGCUCCGCCCACCAAGCUGGUGCUGCUACAGACAAGCCCCACCCCCUCCAGCCCAUCUCCACGGCUAAAAACUGAAGACUCCGCCUCCCUCCACUUAAUUUGUCAAGACACACUGAGUCAACCACCCCAGCUGACCAAUCAGAGACAGGGACAGACUGAUGGACAGCAGCUGUUGGGCCUGACUGUGCCUGAAGCUCCGCCCCCAGUCAGGAUAACCAAUCAGUCGUCAGUGAAUUCUGUCACCAACUCCGUCCCCACAGAUGUUGCCAUGGUUACCACUUCUCAAGAACUAGGGCGGGGCGUCAACUCAGAAUACAUCUACAUGGACACGCCCUCAGAGGAGGAGGCGGGGCUUGGGGAGCAAGGAGGGGAGGAGCUUGACAUCUCCUUCGACAGCCAGUUUCCUGAUCUGAUCUCUGACCUCAUCACUGAAGAGUCCAGUCCAGCCAUAGCUCCGCCCCCUGCCAGCUCCACACCAAGACCAGCCAUGCUCCCUACAGGAGUCCGAUACGUGGUUCCUCCACAGCCCUCCCCGUCCUCCUCUUUUCUCCCCUUCCCUCAUCCACUGACCUCCUCCAUGCGCCUUGCCUCCAUCACAGACUUCUCUCCGGAGUGGUCCUACCCAGAGGGGGGUGUGAAGGUUCUGAUCACCGGGCCAUGGAGCGAGCCAUCGGGUCACUACUCGUGUGUCUUCGACCAGAGCACCGUCCCUGCAUCAUUGAUCCAACCCGGAGUUCUGCGCUGCUACUGCCCAGCCCACCAGGCUGGCCUGGUGUGUCUGCAGGUUCUGGAGUCCAGAGGUUCUGUUUCCUCGUCUGUUCUGUUCGAGUACAGAGCGAGGAACGCCAGCUCCCUGCCCAGCUCUCAGCUGGACUGGCUCUCUCUGGACGAUAAUCAGUUCAGGAUGUCCAUCCUGGAGCGGUUGGAGCAGAUGGAGCGCAGGAUGGUAGAAAUGGCAGCUCGCAACAACCAACAACAACAACAACAACAACAACAUCAACAACAGCAGCAGCACGGCAACCAGCUGGCCACGCCCCCUCCCCUUCCUCCUCUACCUGAGGACCAGGAACAGCCCUCUCAGUGGUUUGAGAGGAGGAUUGUGGGAGUUUGUGAGAGGAUGAUGAGAGGAGCAAGAUGGGGAGGAGGAAGAGGAGAGAGGCUUCAUCACUCAGCCCGACACCGCGGGAUGACUCUGCUCCACCUGGCUGCUGCACAAGGAUACACACACCUGAUCCACACCCUGAUCCACUGGAGGACUGUAAACGGUGACAGUUUGGACCUGGAACAGGAAGUUGAUCCUCUGAACGUUGACCACUUCUCCUGCACUCCUCUGAUGUGGGCGUGCGCUCUGGGCCACCAGAGGGCAGCAGAGCUCCUGUACAGCUGGAACAGUCUGGCUCUGGGGAUUCCCGACUCUCUGGGCCGUCUGCCUCUCGCCGUUGCCCGCUCUCGAGGACACACCCGCCUCGCCACAGCGCUGGAGAUGCUGCACAUGCAGCGCACACACGCUACGUCCAGGGACACGCCUCCAGCGGACACGCCUCCAACAGACACUCCACAGCCGCCGCUGUCUCCUCUGUCCACCAGCCCUGACACAGGUCUCAGCUCCUCCAGCAGCCUCCCCUCCCCCAGUGACCCCUCCUCUCCCUCUCCAAGCUCCGCCUACUACAGUGGCCCUGCUCCCAUGGACACGUCCCCCUCCUCUCCGUCGUCUCUUUCUUCCUCUUCCUCAUUGCCUGAGUACCCGCCCUCCCCACCCUCCCUUCCUUUGGUGUCGGUGUGGGGGGAGGAGCCAAACUCAGCUGUAAUCACAGGUUUGAACGCCGGUGGCUCCAGAGACUCCUCCUUCUACCUGAUGGACUGCGAGAACACCUCUCCUGCUCACACUUACACACACGUCCAUACAGCGGGGGGGCGGAGACAGCACACGGCCACGGUCACGCUGGAGGAGCAGCUGCUGAGAUACAGCGAGAACGCUGAGAACGAAGGCGAGGAGGAGUACCUGGAGGAGGAGGUUCUGCAGGUUGACAUGGCGACACUGGCAGAGCAAAUCAUUGAGGCGACCCCAGAGCGAAUCAAACAGGAGGACUUCUCCAGAGGGGCGGAGUCUCCGCUCAGGGAGAGGAGGGAAAAUCCCUCCCUCCAGGACACCUGGCUGGCUGCUUACCUGGAAACCGUUGACUCCCACACACACUCCCCGCCCAGUGCUCUGGCUCUUCAGAGGCUCCGCCCCCCUUCAUCUGCAGCAUGGGCGGAGUUCCUGACCGCAUCAGCCAAUGGGAAGAUGGAGAGGGACUUCGCACUGUUGACGCUGACGGAUGGCGAGCAGAGGGAGCUGUACGAGGCCGCGAGGAUCAUCCAGAAUGCCUUCAGGAGGUACAAGGGUCGGAGGCUGAAGGAGCAGCAGGACAUGGCUGCAGCGGUCAUCCAAAGAUGCUACAGGAAGUACAAACAGCUAACAUGGAUAGCUCUCAAGUACGCUCUCUACAAAAAGAUGACCCAGGCGGCCAUCUUGAUCCAGUCCAAGUUCCGGUCGUACUACGAGCAGAAGCGUUUCCAGCAGAGCCGGCGGGCGGCCGUCCUCAUCCAGCAGUACUACCGCAGCUACAAGGAGUACGAGAGGCUGAAGCAGGCGCCCAGGGGGGCCGCCUCCCACAACCCCAAGAUCAAGGGGUCGUUCCUGACCAAGAAGCAGGAUCAGGCAGCGAGGAAGAUCAUGAGGUUCCUCCGGCGCUGCAGACACCGGAUUAAAGAGCUGAAACAGACGAGGGAGCUGGAGCGAAGGGGACUGACCACAUAGUCUUCUUCUGUGCUGGAGGACUGCAGGAACCACUGAAGGACGAUG